CAGAUUUGGUUGGAGAGAGUUUUUCUUCGCUACGAAUACGUUGUGCAUCGGAUUCGUGGACAUUUCCCUGCAGCUGCUUGCGCUUUCUCGCGACUUGGCGCGCAGCGACAGUUGCGUACCUCAGCUUUCACAGCGGCAUGUGUGUCUCGUCAGGAGGUGUGGAAGCGAAAAAAACCUUCAGAAAGAAGCGAAAGAGUUCCUCUUCCGUCCUGGUUCAGUUUCUGUUUAGCGAACUUCUUGUCCGUUGGGGUGAGUCUUCCUUACUAUUGCCCCUCUUGCCGUUAUUUUGCCCCUCUAGGGUGCACGAGUCACCUCCGUCAACAAUCAGCUCCGCUUUCCCAGUUUAACGAGUUGGAGAGUUCUUCGUUUACAUCACUCCCGCUACAUCCAGGAGCGAACGGCUAUGUCCGAUCUCACGGGUUUGCAGAUUAAUCAGUCUGAGUAGAAAGGAACGACGGCGCAUAUUAGUAAGAGACUGGAAUUCUGUUUUCUACAACGAGGGACCAAAAGCUCACUGUCUGCAGCGGCACGCACCUUUUCCGCGCUUUUCUCCUUUGUUUCUCAGGAAAACCCAGCUUUCCAGCCCGAGGAAGGACCAGCGAAAUUUCCAGUUUCGCUCACUUACAGGAAAUGGCGGCGGUGAGCCCCUUCCGGCUAGAACAGCUGGUUUAGCACUCUGUAACUGGGGAUGUCCCCGUCAACUGCAUAGGCUGUCGUCGGGCGAGGUAUUGUGUUGAACCUCGUUAGCGGGACUGCUGCUCGACUUUCGUUCUUGACCUAGACCGGACAGAGAGGAAUGGAGUCGGAAGAGAGAGCUCGGGCCAGACCGAGGAGCUUCGGCAAGCCUGGACCUUUGGCAUGCCAGUGUGACGAGUAGAGAUCGGUGGAGAGAAGCGAGGCACGCAGAGGAACAGCCGUAGGCCGGGAAGCGUUUAACUUUCUGACACGAAAAAGAUGCUCCAUAUAUACAGCGUUUCGGCGACCGAGGCACCGGACGGAGAGGUCAAAGAGGGAGCAGGGGUGGCGGCGAGGUGAGACAGCAGCGGUGCCGCCUCAUCGGAUUUUUUCGAAGAGAACGAGAACUCCCAGGGCCUUCUGAAACACAGGAACGAUGCGUGCGUGGCCGCGAUCUGGAGCCUCCCGUGGAGAGGCUGAGUCGCGACCGAUUCCUGGGUGGGAGGCUCAUGAGAAGUUUGCCGGAGAGCAAUCCAGAGAAGAAAGUGAGCCGUCUUUUCCUCGGAGAGUCGCCGCUGCAUGCGCCGGCUCUUGUCGUCCGGUGGUCUCAGAAGAACACCGCGACCGCCCCCCUCGUUUCCCCACUUUCUCCCCGCCGCCCUCGCUAGCUCAACUCUUGCUACUCUCACCGGCAGACGAAGAAAGAGGAACGGCGAGUCCAUUUGCUGGCAAAACGAGGGAGAGAGAAGAGCGGCAUGGCGAAGACGAGUUCCACGCGCAUGCAGACGAGAGAAGAGGUGCACUUGGAGAGGACCCAGGCAAGGCCAUCAGACGAGAGUCGGGUCCCGAGAGAGAUGCGAAGAAGCGCCGCCGAGGAAGUCAUCUCGAGUUCUUUCUUUCACCGAAAUGCCACAAAGGAAAGGAGAAGCGAAACGACUCAAAGGGUGGACUGGAGGCUGUGGGGGACUCCCAGCUGCACGCACAGGCGACAGCGAGCAGCAACGCGAGGAUCGGACUCCCGGAGUCUUCGAACAGAAAGAAAGUCGGGAAGGUCGCGAGCAACGCAGUCCUGGGAGGCUCAACAAGGAGACCUCUCCUCACCACUUCGAGUCUGUUUUUCUGCUCGCCGGUCUCCGAAAUGAAGCGGUCUGCCUGGGGGACGAGGCGGACUGGCGACCACGACGCCUGCAGCGCUCCCAUGCCCGGCCUUCGUGGAGGCGCUUCGCGCACAUCAGGCGUCUCUGCGAUUGCUCACCACGAUGCGGUCCUCGAAAACUCGCAGGCCAUGUCGUCCGAUGUUGGCACGGGAGAUUUCCGAGAGCACCAGGCCCGUGUCGAUCUGUGCUGCGUGCAGGAGGGCGGAGUUCACCGAAGGCGGCAAGCAGAUAGCGAGGCGCAGGCUGGGGAGGGUGGGCUGGAGGCGCACAGGGAAGAAACAAUUGGGGUGAGAACGGACAGCGUAGAGCCUCGCGGAAGUGAUCCUGACAGAAAUACGCAGGUGCAUGCAACAGCUGGCUGGUCGAGAUCUCGGGGAGAAGCGGUGCUAGCUGCGCGAGGUGGACGCCCCUUGGUCAAACCCCGAGACAGAAUGGAUGAGAUCGACGAACGCGAGCGAGCAGGAGACGCAGGCGAGACUUUUCUCGUCUCAGGGAGGCAUACAGUGGAAUCUCUGUGCGGCGUAGAAAAGACCGGGGAAACGAAGGCACUGUUGGGACUGUGUUCGGAAAACCGCCCACGAGAAGGACCGAAUAAUGAUGAAACACAAUGGAGGAGCACCGGGAAACGGCGCCAAGAGUGGGGGUGUGACAGCCGGAACCUGUCUCAGUCAAACAACGCUCUAACGACUAGCGUUUCACGUCACUCGGGCGAACCUCGAAAAACGCGAAUGCGGCUCCUUGCCUCCGCUGUCGUGCGUGGAACGCAUGCCUCACACGUUUCUCGCCGCGAGGCGUGUGAAGCGACUCAGCCUCGCCAGUUUCUCGCGUCGUUGUGGGGGUCGCCGCGUUCCAAUUUAGGCUCUGGCAGUUUUUCUCCUAUCUCUCAGGAGAGCAGGGGAGGACGCAGAGACCCCUCAGAAAAUCGUGCCAAUCUGAAAGCGCCUCGUUUCGACAGCCCUCGAAACGAGGUCACUUCUGUCUCGCGCAGUGGAGAAGCAGAAGCGAGGACAGAGUCUCAGUGUUCACGCGAAGGCUGCACGAAGACUGACGACCGCCACGGCCUUCCCUCGCGCCUUCUGUCUUCUUCUCUAUCUCCGUGGACUCCUUCCAUGACUCGGGAUGCAGAAAAUACGAAGGUGGAACCGAGUGCGGUGGCUAGUCUCAGAAAACACCGCUCCAUUCUUUUCCGCAUUGUCGGCGGUCGUGUCGUGAGAAGCGGCUUUUCUUUUCCGGGAUCCAGACGCAUCGCGCCGCGGUCGCAGCACCGAGAAGCGCCAUCAAGUGCCUCGUCUACCUCUCAGGCGAGGGGCGUCGGCGCAAGGGAGCCAGGCGGGAGGACGGACCUGCAGAGUGAGGAGCAGCUUACAAACCUGGGAAGCAGCUGUGCGUCUAGUGAACGCGCAGGAGCUUCCCUGGGGACUCAAACGAAGGACGAAAAGGAGCACUGGGCAAUGGGCAGAUUUGAAGACGUGCUUCUGCGUCUGGCUGCAGAUUCACGGCUCUCGCUCCGAGCGCUUCAGCGGCAGUUCUACGGGACGCCGUACGGCAUCGAAAGCUGUCAGCGGGAGAAGCGGCCGGAAGAGACCGGGAAAGAAAGGGAAGAUGCAGACGGAAGAAAAGACGACACUGGCAUGUCUGAAGAAGCCCAGGCGGUAGAACAACACUCUGAAGCCGCUCAUGCGAGAAGGCAGCGUGGCGUUGCUUCUGCGUGUUGGUGCGAGGAAGGCUCAGGAGAGUGUGAGCAAGGCGAGGCACUGAGAGACAGUCUGAGAGCCUUUUUGAGACGGCGCCGACUCGCGCGAGCGGCAAAGUCGAAGAGAACUUUGCUGGCUCUCGACCAGCUGGGCUCUUUCGAAAUCUCCGUUCCGUCUUCGAGCGUUCGAGUGCAAAGUGGAAAGAAAGACGAAAGCAUCUGUUCCUGUGGUGAAGGACGCUCUUUGAAUAAUGUAGAGCAUAGAGAGAAUGGACGCCUUUCCGAGUUCACUCUCUUGGACUCAUUUGGGGACCCUGUGCCUCUUGACCUCAGUUUCGGGUCAGCCGUUUCUCCAUUUCAUGAAACUCGACUCUGCCCAGAAACGCUACAGGAACGGCUUGUCGCCUCGCAACUCUGGGAGCCGAGCUUCACGGCGCUGCAGAUAGGUCCGACAGAGCAGGAUGAAGAACGCCUUCUUAAACUGUGGGAUGAAGACUGUAGAAAACGAAAAGAGAGACACCGGCAACCCGACGCGUCCAUGCAAGCCCACAUGUCGCGAGCAACAGGCCGCCAGUGUGCAGCAGGCGUCACCGGAGGCCGCGUGCACUGUCGUCCGACAGUUCCCUUGGUGGAUCCGCAGACUCAAGAGGGAACUGAGGCCGACACAGCAAAAGAAUCUCCGAGUUUCGAGGUUUGCUUGCCGCAGACAAAACGCUUUUCGUUGACAGGGGGAAGUUGCCUCUUAGCGUCAGCCGAGGACGAAGCCCGGCGUCCUGGAAGUGAAAAAGUGCGUCCGGUCCUGUCCGAAUUGUCCGGUGGAGAGGCGUCUUCACUUGUCAUGCAUCUCUGUUUCUGGGCUGCAUGCCGAGUGAUGAUGGCUCAUGGUCCCAGAGUGUCUGCGAAGGCUUUGCUCACUGAGGGCGUCGCCAGAAUCUUGUCGGUUCUGCCGGUGACGUUGCGAGCUCUCGGUAAGUUACACUCGGCAAUGAAUUUGAUACUUACUGCCGGCGGCUACGACAGAGUGAUGGAGAAGAAAGAAGAUGUAGGAUGGCGCGUAACCACACGAGGUGACAGCGAUUCAGUCGCCUACGGGAUGGUAGAGGACUGCCUUGACAGAAGUACGUUUUGCUCGUUGAUGAAGACAAACGAAGAGCACGCAGACACAGGACAUUCCACAGGCAGGGAAACGACCGGACUACAUGGUAACUGCGAGACGGACAAAAGCCAGCCAAAACUGGCCCAGAUGCGCAAGAAGGAAGCGCCUUCUAAGAACACUCUUGACGGGACUUGUUCAGCAGGGUCGCCACUCACGAGCGAAAGUGGUACCGUAGAAGAGGUUCGGGAAAUGAAUCAACGAUCGCGAGAAGUCAGCGACGUUGCCAAUACAGAUGAGAGUCAGACAAAGGGCGUCAUAUCGUUGAUGCGCCUUUGCCUAGGUGGCUUUCAGACACAUCUGCGGCGCGUUCACCGUCGACGCGUCUGUGGUAGAAGCAGUCUUCCCCGAGUCGAAGCAAAGCGACAGAAGACCACGGCAACUCUUCCGUCACAGUCAGGACGAAACUUAGCCUUUCAGUGUAGGCGUGCACAACAAAUGCAGCCGCUUGGAACGGGCAAGCUUUGUCAAACCAAGGCGCGGAAGCCGCGGGCGUGCACUGGGGAAUGGAAGCCAAACGCAGGCACGGAUAGAUCCUAUAAGGCAAGAUGUCAGAUUGAGCAGCGGUGUCAGACGCUUCGCUUGGUCUUGCGGUCAUUGCUAGAAGAAACAAUCCACCCAGCAGGCCUGCCGUGUGACAAACAGGACGACGUAACUCGCUCCGAAUCUGGCGUCUCACAGUGGAAUUCGAAUCCCGCAUCGUUCCCAUAUGGCCGACUUUCUCUGCGCGAGCUGCUGCGUCGCUUGUUUGCUCCUCUCCAGCAUGUGUCUACGAGUCGGAGCUGUAGUGUUUGAGACGUGUCGUGUUUUCAUGCUGUCUUUUCAAAGUGUUUUUUUUCAACAACUUACACGCUCAGGGAUCUACAGCCCGUCUCGGGUGAAGUGCAGGCCUUGUCACCCUCGUCGCAUGCGAGUCUAAUCUUAUUUUUGUCACUCAAAUGAGAUAAUGUUUGAGUGAGGCAUUGGAGUCUGUUACAACGGCGGUUUAUGGCAAUUAAAAGUGGCCGAAGAGCCAGUCACUUCCUGCUCACGGGAUGAUUGCUAGGAGGUGGAACGCAUAUGUCAUCUUUUUAAUUGGUUUUGCAGAAGGUACUAAUCCGUUCCAAGACGGCUGGAACAGAGGCGUGAUUCGAACAUUGCUUG